UCUGCAGGCUCGAGGACAGGGUGCUCGGGGGCUGCUCAGGACUUCAGACCCUUUCCUUUCAAGGGUUUCCUAGCUCUCUCCAAAGUUGAAAUUCUUUUUGAGACGUUAGAGAGGCUGUCACACUCCUCUCGACCACACUCCACCUCAACUGAGUUAUGGAGGACAAUGAUGACAGUGAGGCAAAGCUCAGAGAAGAAAUAGAAGCUGAAUUGGAUAAAAUCAGCAUUUCUUCCUUGGAAAAUGAUGAGGUGGAAAAUGAUUCAGAAUCCGAAACUGAGAGUGACAAUAGUGAUACUGAUUUAGUUGAAUUGCCAGAGUCAGUUCUUCACUGUAUCAAUGUCAUAAAGAACAAGAGUAAAACUGCAGAGACUCUCCUUCUUCAGGACUUAGAAGACACUGAUGUCUUCAGUGAGUACACAGAACAUAUACAUCAAGGUUGUAGUUAUGGUACAGUUUCUAACAGUCGUAUGCAUUUGAGGACUGGAUCUCCAGCUGAAUCAAAAGCAGAUUCUGAGCAGUUAAUGAAAAUAUUAUCUGUAAUAGAAAAGGAAGAAUUUAUGAGAAGUCUAACUGACUCUGCCAGGUCUGUUUCUGUCCCUGAGACUGUUCGUCUUGACACAUCCAUGGAUGAAUAUGUUUUACCAGAUGAUGCUGAUUUGAGUUUUGGAUACUUUGAAGUAGAAGAAAGAUGUAGAAAGUCUUUCGAAGCUUGGCAGGACAAACAAAAAGAACUCGAAAAAAAAGAUAGAGAAACACUCGAAGCUCAGAGUGAUAUAGAAAAACAGAAAUUUCGAGAAGAUGAUGAAAAGAGACAUUGCUGGAUAAAACAGUUUGAAGUUGAAAAGGAAAAAUUAGAAACCCUUCAGAAGCAAGAUCAGGAUAAAAUGAAUGAUGAACUUCAUCAAGAAGAGAAAUUAUGGAAAGAAAAAUAUAGACAGCAUAAGGAACUCAUUAGAAACUUGCAUUUACAAAUGGAGGAGGAAAGAACACGAUUAAGUGAGCUACAGGAAAAAGAAAAAGCACGGUUGCUAAAAUUGCAGUAUAAUGCAGCUGUAAAAAUUCAAGCCAAAUAUAGAGCAUUUGUAACUUCCCGAAAAUAUAGCCCAAUCAUAAGAGAGCAAAUAGAAAAUAAGAAAAGGAAAGAACGGGAGUGGAAAGAGAAGGAAGCAAAGAUCCGACAGAAGGAGGAAGAGAGAAGAAAAAGAAUUGAAGAGGGGCGGAGGAUUGAGGAGGAGAGAAAGAAGAAGAUGCUCGAGGAAAGAAGGAGGCGGGAAAGGGAAUACGAAGAGAAAAAGAACAUCCUGAGACAAAAAAGGGAGGAACAACGAAACAAGGAAAAAAUGAGACCAAGGGAAGAUGCCCACCAUCCGACAGUCGUUACCUGUGCUUUAAAGAAGGAAGACAGUAAUACCAAGCAGCUAGCUGUCACAAAUAUGUCAAAGGAGAAGGAUACUAUAGCCAAUGAAUUAGCGAAUAGCAACUCAAAGGAGUACGAAGAUGUUUGUCUGGUUCAGCAGUCAACCAAGAGAGAAAAUGUGCAUAAAGAGCUUUUGUUGACAGAAUCAAUAGGAGUAACAUUGAAACCAAGCCAGGGAGUUUUGACAGAAUUAAAAACAAAUGAAAAAAAUGGAAAGUUACCAAAAGUAAAAAUUAAUGAGAACUUACCAAAGAAGCAAUGUUCAGAAAAAUUGGCUAACCAAGAAAUUAACUUUGAAAAUAUAGACCAAAAAUAUGAAUUGAAAAACUCAGACCUGAAGGAAAACGUCAAUGCACAGUGCCAGGAACAAGAACUAAAGCCUCAAACUCAAAAUGAGGAAAAUGUAGAGCAUGCCACAACGGAGAGUGUGGGACAAGAAACUCAAAUAAUGUCUGAACACAUGCAAGAAAUGAGUGAAGAGGUCAAUAAUGGAGAACAGGAAAUCAUAACAGAUAAUCAAGAGAGACUGGCUGAAAAGAUAGAAAAAACAGACACCACAGAGCAAGAUGGAUCAGUGCAUGAGGCGAAUUAUUCUUCAAAUAUUCCCAUGCAAAAAGACCCACUAUCACUAUUAUUUAAAAAUCCAGAACCUAUAGAAAGAAAUGUGAUGCGAGAAGACCAAGAAAUUGAUUUUAAAUCAGGAAGAGUUGAGGAAAUCUUAAUAGGUAAUGUGCUGACUUGCGAUUCUGUCAUCAUUACCUCAGACACCCUGGUGCAUACAGAAGACAAGACCAACCAGCAGAGCUCUGUCUCAAGCAAGCUGACUCCCACUGUAGAGGCUGGCAGUCACAGUGCUAAUAGCCCCUUGGACACUGAAGAAGGGGACCCUCCUAAAGCUGAGAUUAAAGACGUUCCCGAGCAAUGGAAGCAAACUAAGGCUGAAAACGAUGGUGUCCUGGCCUGCUCUGUGUCACAGGCAGCCAUUUUAUCUUCAGUUGAGGAAAGGAGAUUAGCUUGGAUGAAAUCAUUUAAACCUUGGUCUGAAAUCUUCGAACAAAGUCAACUCAAGAAAAUCGUUAAGAGAAAGAGACUUGUGAAGUGUCCAGCAGAUACAAUGCCUCCUUUGGAUACAUCAGCCAUUCUUCAGAAUGGCCCUUGGAAGACUUUACAGCAGGUCACAGCCAUUACAUUCCAGGAUUUGCCCGGCUGUAGCCUCUCUACACUGGCAGAGUGCCCAAAUCUUCAGCUUCUGUCCCUCCGACGCUGUGGCUUAACUUCUCUGCAUGGCCUGAACCACUGCAAAAACCUUAAAUACAUUGAUGCGCAGGAAAACCACAUUGAGACUAUCAAUUGUGAAAAUCUGGAAAAUCUCUGUGUCCUUCUUCUUAAUAAUAACCUGCUGACAUCUAUUCAUGGUUUGGAUGGAUGCACGAGUAUACAAAACCUCGAACUUUCACAUAACAAAAUCACUCGAAUCAGUGGUUUAGAAUCCUUGAAAUCCCUUCAGCAACUAACUGUGGACCAUAAUCAGCUAAUCAGCACCAAAGGUCUUUGUGAAGCACCAACCGUCAUAUACUUGGAUUGUUCACAUAAUCACCUUACUGAUGUUGAGGGCAUCGGACCUUGUGGAUUGCUCCAAAUAGUAAAGCUGCAGGGAAAUUACCUAAGAGAGCCUCCAUCCUUAAAAAAUCAUGUUCUGCUUAGAGAAUUGCAUUUGGAUGACAACAGCAUCUUAAAUGCGGAAGUACUUUCUUCGUGUUGGCUGCCUCUACUACAAGACCUUAGUAUAUCUCAAAACAGUUUAACAACAAUUGUGCCACUUUUUCAUUUUGUGUCUUUGGAAAAGCUGGAUGUCAGCAACAAUUGCCUUUCUGAUCUUACAAGUGUCAUGUCUUGGUUCAAUGCAUGCUACUCUCUCCGUGAGCUUUGUCUUACUGGAAACCCAGUCCUUCAGGAAACAAACUGGAGGCAUUCUAUACUUAAAAUAUUACCAGCUCUGAGAAUCCUUAAUGGUGACAUGUUAAACUCUCAGUCUGAUGUCCGUAUUGGGGAACACUAUCAUCAAGACCUAGGAGGUUUCUUGGCACUCUGUCAGAACCAACUUGAAGAGUUCGACUUACUAACUAAAAAGUAUAUCACACAGAAAGGGGAUCUUCUCACUUUGCAUGCUGCAGACAAACUCUGCCACUACUAUAAGAACUUAAUGAAACUCAGUAAUGAAUGCAGACAUGCACAUGAACAUGAGGAUGUAAAUAUCAUCAAGAGUCCUGAAUCAGAAACCGAAAAAAACCAUCCAGUCCUUUCAAACACCACCAGCACACUGCAAAUCAAGGUCUUUCAUUCUCAUACUGACAAAUAUAAGGCAGAUUUCCCAGAUAAUGCUGAAAACCUGAUGGAUGCUGGCUCCAGACCUUCACCAGCAAACUGUGAGGAACCAGUAGGAAGAGGUCAGGAGCAAAAUAUGACAGAAAAGAAUGAACACAGCAGGAUGCAUAGUCCAUCCCCUGCAAGGGCCUCAUUCAUAGAAAUGAAGAUGGCAAAUUCUCCAAUGAGUAAUCAUCAAAGUAGUGAACACAGUGAAACAAGUAAGGCAGCUGUGUUAAUUCAAACCCAAUGGCGCAGUUACAUUGCACGCAGACAGAUUAAUUUUUCUGCAAAAAUGCAUUUGACCACAACAGAAGUUCUGCAAAAUCCCCCCAUCAAUAACCAGACUACUUCAAAUAAAGAAAGAAGAAAAAAUAUUAUGAAUAUUCAAGACCAAAGGGAGAAGGCCGCUCUCCAUAUUCAGGCAGUUUGGAAAGGCUUUAUUUUACGAAAGAAACUGGUGACAGCCCUGGAGGCUAUCAGGAAUGAAGAAUCUGGAGAAGAAUACGAAGAAAUAGAUUUGGAGGAUUUUGAAUAUGAUGAGGAUGCCUUGGAGAAAGACUGGGCAGUUUCAGAUUCCACCGGCGGCUUCCCGUCACAAACACUGCCUCUCUCCAAUCAGCUGCCCUGGCCAAAGAAUGCUCGGACUUUGCAACAUGCUGAAACCUCCCUUGCUGUACCCACGCAUCCAGCUCAGGCUUGGCUGUGCAAUGAGAAGGAAAAUUUGUUUUCGUCAGAACACACGCAGCUAACUGGCAGAUCUGAAAAUAGAACUUUAUCUAGGACACCUGAAUCAAACACAAGUAAAAAGAGUUUGCUGCAAUCUGAAAAAGAGGAAAAAAUUUCAGAAGAAUGGGGCUUUAAGGAUAUCGCCACAGCUCAGCAGAUGCUAAAGAGGGCACAGAAAAUGAAAUCAAAAAAGUUAAGGAAAAAGUUAGAACCUUCUGUGAGACUAGCAUUAUUCAAAAAACACAAAAAUGAAGGUCGUGUUACAAAGUCAUCAAAGAGGUCACAGCUGAGGAGGGUCAGUUACUUUGAAGGAACUGAAGCCCGGGCCGUAUGCAUGCUAGGCGAAGAGGAAGACGCCCUCUCCAAGCCGACCAGUGCAGAUGAAAAGUUAGGAAAGAGUAAAGAGUACACCUACCAGUGGCUUCAUACACAAGUGGGCUUUCCAGAAACAACUAGUUCCAGAACCCUGAAAUGCAAUCACUUCUUGCCUGAGUUAGAUCCAGAUGUACUCAAUGGUGGAAGAGUUCAACUUGUGGCAAGACUUGUAAGCAGAGAAGACACGGAUUUAGACCUUUUUUCCAUGACCAGUGGGAGUUCUUUGUCUACAAACAAAGACAAAAAAAGCCAGGCACACAGAUACUCAUCGGGAUCCUCAAGUAAGCUAUGGUUUCCUUCAGAAUUAAUCUAA